GCUAAACUAGUUUUGUCUUUCAUUAAUCGAUAAAACGGGACGAAUAACGCGUUUCUUUUGCAGAAAAUUUCGACAGAAGUUCAAAGGUGGAAUGAGCAAAACCCUGACAUCUGUUACCAGCUGCUCGCCCAAGACUGGCUUGUUGAUUUGUUACCGUUUCGUAAGCGACUUUGCCAUGCCACAAGCUAUCUAUUUGCCAAAAAGCCAUAUGUAACCCCGAAAUCUGUUAUGCCGGAAAGUCUGUCAACAUACCAGUUGUUUCAUUAUGGGCUAGUGUUGACUAGGAAGCAAACGAUUGCGCCGACAGGGAAACUCCCCGGAUUCUGAGGCAACGGUGUUGCACGAUGCGAUAAGACGCGAGAUCUUCACGUACUCGCCUGUGGGCCGUCAAGCGUUUCACAAUGAUUUACGGCUUGGCUAGCCACUACGUCAACGAUGCCUGUACAUGACACGCUUUGCGGUGCUAAGGAGUAUUUCAUCCUUUAUCUCUUAAAAAUGGCCGCGCACAGUUCUCUGCGUCAUUGCUGCGUGUACCAGUGUUAGCGGAAGGCUGAGUUAGUAACGCCUAGCGAAAAAGAUUGAGUUGCCACGAGGGAAAAAUUCGCCCCGGACACCGACCCUGUACGCAGAGCGGACAUUCGUUGUUAGUUCGUUUUUUUCUGUUUUAUUAAUUUCAGUUGCCCCUAGCGUUGCGUACUAAACGCCACGCGGUCGUAAUACAAGAUGAGCGUGCGGGCAGCGUACCUAGUGUUAUCAGUCGGUAUAUUACAGUACGCAGUGCAUGCAGCUGAAGAAGCCAAGUGUAUAAUACGCGUAGCUGAUUAUAGUAAUGUUACGGUGGUGCCAGAAAGUUACGAUGUUCAUGUGCGUAUCGAACUCAAAGCACAGGGCAUUUUCUCCCGACUCAUCGGAAGAAAAAUGAAUCAAAAGUUUAAAGGAAAUAUGACGAUGAAAUUCAGUGCGUCGAAGGCGACGCCCAAUAUGGUACUGCAUGCAUUGGAUAUCGAACUUUCCAAUGCGGAAUAUCGAAAACUGCCCCAGGGACCAUGGAAACCACUUGAUGUCGUGAUGGAUGCUCAGAACCAGAUUGCGGUGUUUACUACAAAUGGGGGCAUCUCGUCAGGGCCAGGCGAGUUCAGAUGCAACUUUAAGGGAAAGAUGCAUUCUGGGCUGACGGAACCCGGGCUGCAGAUUGUCAACCAUACAGGGCCAGAUGGCGCUGACGGUGUCAGCGUCAUAUCAUAUCUUCUACCCGAAGGAGCGCGAAGAGUUUUCCCUUGCGUUGAUUUUCCUAAAUAUAAGGCGAAGUUCACACUGACACUUGCUGUGCCAAAGAACUUGAACACUUACUCUAAUACACAGCAGGUCAAGGACGUGCCUCUUCAAAAUGACUAUAAGCUGGUGACGUUCGCUGAAACCCCUGCGAUGUCGACAUUUGCUUUGGCCUUUGCAGUGGGAAAAUUUUACUCUGAAGAACGCAGCCUUCCGGGAGGACUAAACGUGCGUGUUUUGUCAAGUUACGCAAGAAAGGAUCUCUUUAGAAAUAUUGAAAAAGCCCUCGAUGCUGUACAGACGUUUCUACCAGCCAUUCAAGACUAUACUGGAACACUUUUUCCGGGACCAAACAAGUUGGACAUUAUCGGGGUGACUGAUGGCUCUCGAACGGUAUCUACUUACGGCCUUUUGGUAGUCCCAGAAGACAUACUUCUCUCAGCCGUACCCAAAUAUCAGCAAGAUAACAGCUCGACACCGGAAAUACGCCUAAAAGGUUAUUUGGCAUACGCAUUAUCUAAGGUCUGGUUUGGUGCCGAUAUUACCCCAGAGUAUUGGGAUAAUAUGUGGCUUUCUGAAGGUUUUGCAACCUUCCUUUCCGAAAUGAUAAAUGCAAAGUUACAGCCCCCUCGUGAACAAUGGAUCAAAUACGACAGAUCGUCGACGCGACGAUUAAAUAUAUUGGACCAGGUUAACGAUUUGCCGGUCAAGUUCACUUUUUCGGAGCCGGACAGCAUCGUGCAUUCGUCUCUAGUUCGUCUUGUAACUCAAGGAAAAGCUUCUCUUUAUCUUUGGAUGUUGUACCGAUUUUUGGGUGAUGAACAGUUCAGGAAGGGAAAUAGAUUUUACGUCUCAAAACACAAAGGUAGCCUGGUCAAGACAGAAGAUUUGUGCAAUGAUUUUACGGAAGCUACUGGUUCUCCCACAGACUGGCUAAAGCAAAUUGUUUCAUUUCGUGGCAUGGUGACGCUUCAUGUCGAUUGCGAUCAGCACGGAAGCAACCGACUACUCAAACUUCGCCAGAUCUAUUUCCGCAAAGGGACGUUGCCAUGCCCACAAAACGACUCCGUCUGGGCGUUUCCGGUACUUAUCGACACUGAAGAUGGCAAGACCCAUCGACAAAUCAUUGACCAUCCUCUGACCACUGUCACAAUUACUGGUGUCGCUUGGAAAACUAAAUGGACGAAACUUAAUCAGUUAUCAAGCUACUAUCGUGUCCUUUACUCAGAGAACUGCCUGGAGAACUUCGGACUCUACAAAGGCCUGAACACAGUGAAGCAUGAUUACAAUCUGCGAAGCACUGCCGGUCAGAUUAACCCGUAUGAGAAGCAAAUGAUCCUGGAUGAUCUCGUCUACUUAGAAAAUCUGUACCGACGGGUAGUGGUAAGACCGGACGAUCCUGAAGCAGCAAAGCUGACUGAUCACUACAAUUUUCAGAAGAUCCGCAACGGAGUUUUGCACACAGGAGCAGCGACCCCUCCUGCUGCACCAAAGUCCUAACAACCAAUGGAUUAUCGUGUAUUGCGGCCGAUCUCCAUGGCUCCGAUCCCUAACGGUGAUGAAAGGUCCUUGCAGAGGCUUUACUAGACUAUGAUUAUCGCCUACAGGACACACUGAACCUAUGUAGUCUUGCACUAUACAAUAAAUUCUCUUGGAAGUUGUCCAACAACA